AUGGCGUCUGUGCUCUCCAACGGGGGGGAUCUGCCUUCGAAGCCGGCAUCAGCUGGCCGCCAUGCCGGUGUCUACAGUGAAGUUCAGACCAGCCGGCUCGAUCACAGACUACUCCUCCCUUCUGUCCUCAAGGGAGCCGCAUUCAAGGUCGUCGAUGGUCCUGGAAGCUCCGCUGCUGGAAACCCUGGUUGGUUCACUGCGCGUGUACUUUUUCUUCUUGUCUUGCAUGCUGUGCCCUGCGGGGUCGGUUGUGUGAACUGUGUUUUGUGGCGCAGAUGAGAUCGCCAAGCUUUUCCCGAAUCUCUUCGGGCAGCCAUCUUCCAUGCUAGUGCCCGCGGACGUGUCGCCUUUUGAGACGGAUCGUAAGCUCAAAGUUGGGGUUGUGCUCUCCGGAGGUCAGGCCCCCGGUGGACACAAUGUCAUUUGUGGCAUCUACGGUACAUCUCUCUCUCUCUCUCUCUCUCUCUCUCUCUCUCUCUCUCGCUGUAUAUUUAUAUAUAUAUCCGCAUUUGGAUAUCUUUGUUUUAUUAUAGUGUGUGUGGGUAUGUCCUGUUAUUUCGUCAUUCCGGAUGGAUGUUCGAUCGCUUUGUCUUUCUGAAAAGGCAAUAUAAUUAAAUCAUUAAACACUCUGUGUUCGAUUCCCAGAUUACUUACAGGAGAAGGCAAAGGGGAGCACUGUGUAUGGAUUUAAGGGUGGUCCAGCAGGGAUCAUGAGGUGCAAGUACGUGGCGCUGACUACGGACUUUAUAUACCCAUACAGGAAUCAGGUCAGCAAGUGAUACCCGCGUGUUAUGAAUUACUUUUUUUCUUGCUCCCUACGUAGAGAAGGCAUGUUCUUGUAUUUGAUAACCCGAUUAAUUCAUUUGCUUUUUAGGUUUAAAUGAAGCUCUCAUAAACUGCAGAAAAACGUUUUUUUUUCUACUCUGAACUAAAAAGGAGCAUUAUUUAUUUUUGGGAUGUAAAAUUUGUGAUAAGGAAAGACUUUAACUUGUUUUUUGGCUCUCCCAAAGGUUUCGUAAUAUUCUUAGUCCUGUGGACUCGGAAGGUUUGGCCGAGGUUUUUUAAUGAUAGCUAAUUUCUAUGAGCAAAUUAUGAUCUUUGAACUGUUAAAAGCCAUCCAGCUGCAACAGCUUUUCACUGUUUGCGUAAAUCCAGGUGUCAUAGGCCGUUACUGAUGAAAAUAAAUUGAAAAGUGAGAUUUUCCUAGCCAUCUUUGGUUAUUUAGCUUUAAAGUCAGCGUGGGCAUCUGGAAUGUGACCAGAUGUUAAAAUAACACCAACAAAGAUUUUGAUUGGUCCUCUUUGCCUUUGACAAACAUAACAACUUGGUUUUUGCAAUAACUGUAGUUUUUAAAAAUUUCUUUUAUCAUACAUUUUCCUCAUUUUGUUGUUGACUUGUUGCUCAGUGCAUUAGUAAUUAUUCAUGUAGACUAAUUAAUCUUGUUUAGUUCUUGUAACUUCAUAAUCAUAUAAGGGUCUUCCUUAAUCAAUCAUCGAUGACUUAUGUAAUGUUUAUUCAAUGUGAUAAUCCCUUAUGAUUGAGCUUUGUUGUUGACUUGAAAACAGGGAGGAUUCGACAUGAUACGCAGUGGAAGGGACAAGAUUGAAACCCCAGAGCAGGUGAGUUCUUAUAUUCAGUCAGUAAUGGCCCAUUUUGAUGUAUGUUGAAAUCAUUUUAUAUGUUUUUUAAGUGAUAUCUACAUGUGGUUUUCAUUUAUUCAGUUUAAGCAAGCUGAAGACACAGUCACAAAACUUGAUCUGGAUGGUCUUGUGGUUAUUGGUGGUGAUGACUCAAAUACUAAUGCCUGUCUCCUCGCUGAAAAUUUUAGGUUUGUUGGCAGCCUGCAUUUGUUCCCAGUGAAGCUGCAUUCUACUUGGAUUGAUCUUCUUUAUCUAUGAUACAAAUUUUAAGGUUUUUCAUAAAUGUUUGACACGGUUUUUGUUCCAUUCUUCAUCCCGUAGUUCUUUUAUUUUUCUGAACAUAAAGUUGAUGAGGUGAAUUCUCGCAACAUACUUGGGAAACUGACGAAGUCCUAUUUCUGGAUAAUUCAAUUGAUCUAUGUAGGCGAAAGAAUAUGAAGACCAAGGUCAUUGGAUGCCCGAAGACAAUUGAUGGCGAUCUUAAAUGCAAGGAAGUUCCAAUUAGUUUUGGAUUUGAUACGGCAUGCAAGGUCGGUCCAAGUUUAAGGUUGAUUUUUUUCUCUUUUAGUUUUUCUUUUCUGAAGGAUACCAUUUCUGGGGCUUGUCCUUUGAUCUUGGGCUGGUCUGUUGUUUUCUUGUUAGCAUGGUCUUUGAUUAGUAUCUUCUAUGGAAUAUUUUUUAAAAAUUAUGGAUAACAGAAAUUUAUUAUCAUGAAGGCUAAACUUCUUCCAGUGUCAGUUCUAGCCACUGUAGUAUAUUGGUAACUUUCAGCUCUCCAUGGUAGAAAAAUGUGACUACUUUUAAGAUAGGUAGAAUGUGAGCCUUCCAGUUUUUUUCUCUCUUUGUGGUAGAAAGCUGAUUCCUAAUCUGAUGACCACAUGGGUAUCAUCAGGACAUUGGAAAGAUGCAAUAACUAGAGAAGAAAACUUAAUUUUGUAUCCACCUCUGAAAAUUAAUAUGCUGCUGAAUGUUGAUUAUUCUGUAAUUUAUAUGUUUCGUAUUCAGCCCAGAUAAAUAUUUCUUAAUUUUUGAGGAAAAAAAAUACAAGUAUCACUCACUCUUGAAUGCCAAUAAACUGUUUAACGAGAAUCUCCUUUGAAGGUAAGGCAUGAUCUUCUUUAUGACUUGUACAUGGUCAUCUCAUUUUCUGUCGAUCUUAUGCGCGAUUGAUUGGAUCAGAUGCCUAUUUAAUGCCAUAUGAUGUAAGGUGACUUAAUCAGACCUUGUAGAGAGAAUUGAAACGAUAAUUAUUGGAAAAUAUCUCAUACAGCUGGGGAGAGCAUUUUUUCGACUUGGAAAACAUAACCGAAUUUAUUCAUCUAUGGACAUGGAAAACUUCAUCUCCAUGUAGCAGUUUUUUACCUUGAGGGAAAACAUGCUAAAUAACUAAAUAUCAAUAGAAUUUAUGCAAAGAUUUUGAUUUGGUAGAAAACUCAUUGACAGUGACAACGAAUUUCUCAUGCUUAUAGUUUGUCCAUGCCCCAUCUUGAGACCCUUUGCCACAAAGUUUAGUUUCUUAGAAAACCUUGUUCAAAUCACCGAACUUUAUGGUAUGAUGAAUUCACCUCCCGUAUGAUCGUCAAUGCCAAUUGCUGCCUGUCUUAGAGUAAUGCCAGCCUGUGAAAAGAAUUUUGAUAUGAUUAAUAUCUGAUCUGACUGUGCAUUUGACUUAGAACAUGUAUUUAUCUUCAACUAUAUGGAAAUGCUGUGUAUUGUCGAUUUAACUUUUAACUAAGUUCCGAAUGGGUUCAAUAUGUGUUAUCUAUGCCAGUUAGAUAUAUGCAAGCCGGUUAACACUGACAUAAAGUUAAUUGAUGUAGCUAUAUGUAUUAUUUUAGAUGUCAAGGUGAGUCCCUGCUGGUGCUUGUUAAACCCUGCAUAGCAGGGCACCUGAAAUCCACUCAACAGUUUCAGCUUGUUUUGCAUUCGAAUUUAUACUUCUUGAAGCAUGUUUGAACCAUGGACAGAAUUGAGAUAAAAAAUAUCUUAGCUUGUUUCGCAUGGUAUUGCAAUUAUGUUAUUCUGUGGAAUUUAUAAGCAUAAUUCCUAAAGGUAUCCACGUGAUAGGAACAUUGUAAAGGACGUUCUAUUGAUGUUCAUAGCAAUAAAUGGCUAUUUGUGGUUGUAACUGUUAGUUGUCGUUCUUAUUCCUUUGUUUUCGUUUGCAGAUAUAUUCAGAAAUGAUUGGUAACGUCAUGAUUGAUGCCCGAUCAACUGGAAAAUAUUAUCAUUGUAAGUAUACUAUCCUAAAGAGUGACUUGUGCUUUCAUAAAAAGACCUGGAUAUUUCAUGCAACAAAACUAAGUAUUAUUAUUAUUAUUACUAUCAAUUAAAAUAUCUGAUUCAUUCAAUUUCGUCAAUUCCUGCGAAGAGAUUUUAAAAAAACUUCCUUACAACUUGUAAUAGGUGGUACAUUCUACAAAGAAAAUUUCAAUAUACUCUUUAAAUAAAACGAAACUAGGUUCUGUUCUAGUAAGUUCAGUGUAAGAGAGUAAAAUUGGUCAUUACGUUUUAUGUUUUAAGUUAUAUCAGUGUAGAUGAAAAUGCUUCACCAAAGGAAAGGCCAGAUUAAGUAAAAUCCUUGUGUGAAUUGUGUUCUCUAACCUUGUUUACUUACAUAAUUUUGGUAUGCUAGUGUGAGUAAAAAGAAAAUAUUACCUUCUGAACUCAUUCUUUGGCAUUUUGCAGCUGCCCCUUAAUUUUCCAAUAAGGGGCAAUUCCGUGAUUAUUUAUUCCUGUUUUCCCAUUGUUAAACUUCAUAAUUUUUAGAUUUAAAUAGAAUGGGUUUUGAUAAUGUUUGAGUUUAUUCAACAUAGUGAUAGCUAAUAUGUGGGCAGUAUUUUUUGAAUGUAAAAUGGACCAUGCCACCAUGACAUGACUUCUCCUAGUCCAAUUCUUUGCUAGCCCUCCAGCCCUCUCUCAUCCUACUGAUAAAAUAUCAGUCCAUAAAACUGGGUUCUAUAAUCAUUAGAUCCUAUAAUUACAAAAAGUUUGGAAAAAAAAUUCGGCUCUGUGACCGGAAUCAUAUCAUUUGACAUAUUUGAUGUAGUGAACUAUUGUCUCCAGACUCAACCUGAUCCAACACUUAUAUACUCAGUUUGGGCGGGGCCUAGGUCUUGGAAAGGAGGCCUUUGUCUUGGUCAGGUUGGAGCUGGCGGGUCAUGGUUUCUGGGUCCAUAAUUAACAAUAGAAUUGGUCUAGUUAUUUAACCAUCACGUUAGAUGUCAUGUAAUUUUUUAAGGAAACAAAGGGAUGGUUACAUAAAAUACUGUGGAAUAAUUUCUCUCCUUUUAAAAGUUAAUGCUUUCACGUGGUGCAAACACUUGAUAGAUUUAGAACAUUUCAUAUCACCGGAUUAGUGUCAAUAAAAGUUGAAUGAAAGGUAUAUGUUAAGAAACAAGACAUAGAGGAGAAUUUCCUUUGUCACGAAGGACAGAGGGGAGGAACAGCGGAAACCACCUCAACCCAUUCGUUCACCUUUAACGUCCCCUAAAUAGGGACGAACCCUGGAUACACUUUCUCAAAAUACCCUCAGUCUUUUAUAGUAUUCCCCUUUAACAGUAUAUAUUGAAAUUGAAUUACAAGACAACCGCAACAUAAACAUGUACCAUAGAAGUUGAAGGAGUUUCUUAGGUCCGCUUGCAUGAGCAUUGUCAUUGGAUCUAUUGUUGCCCAGUGAGACUAUGCAGAUUUCUCAUGGCUCAUGGUUUUUCUGUGCUUAAUUUAAGGCUCGUGAAAACCCAUGCUACUUACUACGGUAAUAAAACUUGAAGUUUAUAAGGCUCCUCAUUAUAUCUUUUCGAAAUGCAUGCCCAUGUGGGUCUAUUUUUGUCACCUCACAAACGAAUGCAUGUGUCUAGAGUAGUAUUUUGAUAUAGGUUGCCUUGAUGUUCAUUAAUGCUAGUAUGCAAACCAAGGUCAGAGCAGGAUCAGCAACCUUAAUCCUCUGUGAUUAUGCUCAGUAUGUUGCUUCCAUCUACAAUUCAUGUUGAUUAUCCCUACCUUUUUCUUUUUAUACUUUUUCAUUAAUUGUUUGCCUGUAAUCUUUUUUAUCAAUUUUUUGAAGUUCAUGUUUUUUGUGUUUAAACAAAUGGUUCUUCCUUUAAAUGUACAAUCUUUUACUCCGUACUUCGUUGGUGACCUACUAUGUACUCUACGUUGUCAUAUAUUGGUUUUCUUUAUCGUUUUGGUCAUAUUUCUAAUUCAUUUAAUGCAAAUGCCUCAUGGGAUUCAUUUAAUGCAGUUGUGAGGCUUAUGGGACGUGCUGCUUCUCACAUUACCUUGGAAUGUGCUUUGCAAACUCAUCCCAACAUUACCUUGAUUGGAGAAGAGGUACUUUUACCUGUCUUCAUCAAGAACGCAAAAAACUUAUUGCUAAGGGAAUCCCUGAUUUUUGAGAUUAAAACCACCUUUGACGGUUGGAGCCUUUUUGUUCAUUUUCCAAAAUGUUCUCUUGAUCUAAUCUUGGGAAUAAUGGAAAGAUCAAGGAUUCCACAGUUCCUUUUACUUACUUUUUUGUUUACAUAUUUCUUGAUUUACAGUAGGGAGUUUGACUAUGUUUUGUUAAUUUCUGCUCAAAGGUUGCCCCAUGUUACGAAAAUCUUUUCUAUUGCACAAAAUUAGUGCAUAUGAACCAGCUUGUUGACCAUUAGUGCUUACUUGUGAAGCUCUAUCAGGCGCUUCAUCUCUAUCUUUUGCUAUAAUAUUUGUUGACAAUUUUUCACAAUGUGCUUCUUCUUUCAGCUUGUAAAAAAAAAUAUUUCGUUGCGAAAAUGUCAUUUGCAACUUUAUAGAUUCCUCAUAGUCCUGGCACAUAAAAUACUAGUUGACGGACGGACCUCUUCAUGUCUAUGGGUCUGAAUUCUGGAGGUGAGCUUAUCCUUCUGUUAGUUAAAAGACGAGGUAAAGCAUGUAAUCAUCCAAUAUGUGAGCUUUCACUCAUUUUCUAUGGUUCACAACGGUCACUAAUGUCUCUUAUUUCUCCACGACUUUGCAUUGGGAAGAACAUCCUUCAUUGAUGCCCAGUUUGGUAAUAUUAUGGUGGUGUUCAAUUUUUCUAUUAUGGUUUGUGAGAAGGCAGUGAAAGUAAGUGACAUACACGAUUUUAUGGCACCCAAAGAGGGGAGGAAGAGAUGCUGAAAACCCAGUGUCUCAUCAUUGCAUGUUGCCUUAUUUCUUUGGUGUCCAUGUGAUGUUUUGAAGGUUUUGAUUCUUUGAAAUUUGUGGUUGCUAUUUGAUGUUCUCUAUUGUCCAUAUUCAUGAACUCACAAAUUCUGGGGUGCCGUUUAAAUUUGAAUGGGGGUCUUCAGACUGGUGUCCUGAAAAUUAUAUAUUUUUGCUCCAACAUGUUUGGACAGAAUAUUAUCUGAUUUUAUCCUGUGUAUUAUUUAUAGGUGGCGGCUAAGAAGCAAACUCUGAAAAAUGUUACCGACUACAUCACCGACAUCAUCUGCAAGCGCUCAGAGCGUGGAUACAACUAUGGUGUUAUACUCAUCCCGGAAGGUCUAAUUGAUUUCAUCCCCGAGGUUAGGCAUCAGGCUCUUGAGAGGAUCUUACAGCAAAGUAGUCUCUCUGGAUAGUUUUUUCUUCAUAGUUGUUGGAUCGACUGUUGAAUCGUACCAUACCCAUGAGCAGUUGUUUCAUCAUGUUCGAUUGUGCUAGGAAUUCUCUAAAUAUUCAUUCACGCCAAUGGCCGCAUGCACUGUUACUCAUAGGGAUCCUAUGCUGUUAUUAGGCUUUGCCUAAAGUUUGGCAUAAGAAUGUUGGAUGAUGCUUCGCGGCUGAUUAUCGGUUGUUGUUGGAGUUUUGUCACCAACUUGUAUCAAUUUGGUUGGUCCCAUUCUAGAUGGAAGAUGCAUCGACCCCAGGAACUUGACUAGCAUCUUGUUAGAUAAUUAGAGAUAUUUUCUCAGGGAUCAUAGAUUUCUUGUGAUGCAUCCACCGAAUUCACUCUUCUCCUCCAUAUUAUAGACCUUCGAUCAGUUUAUUGGGUUUGUGUACGUCUUGUCUUCUGACUGCCCAGCAUUAUUGCCUCAUGUUCAUCUCAAAUCGUAAAUCAUGAGAAAUGCAUUGGCCUAGUUUGUCAUCGUGCAGAAAUCUACUGUUCUUCCGCUAAGAAAUCUUUCUGCUUGCCAUCAAGGGUCAAUUGUGUGUACUGCACUCCAGUCUUCUGAAUUCAAGAACCCUAGGGAUCCUGGUGAUCUACACUACUGAAACAGAAACUGGGAAUCGAAGGGCUUUUGUAAUUAAUAGAUCUUCGUCACUGUGUGAUUGAUUUGCAGGUCCAACAGCUCAUUUCCGAGCUCAAUGAAAUUCUUGCCCAUGAUGUUGUUGAUGAAGGUGGGCUGUGGAAGCAGAAACUCCAGAGCCAGUCACAGCUGCUCUUCGAGCUUCUGCCUCAAGCGAUCCAGGAGCAGCUGCUUCUAGAGAGGGACCCUCAUGGGAAUGUGCAGGCGAGUUUCUGGUCUCGCGGCAGUUAAUGAAGAUGAAAGCUUUUCUUCUGAUCCACUGAAGCUCUGCUUCAUCUCCCUCAUGCUUUCAGGUGGCGAAGAUCGAAACCGAGAAGAUGCUGAUCCAGAUGGUUGAAGCAGAGCUGGAGAAGAGGACAUCAGCGGGAACAUACAAAGGGCAUUUCAAGGGGCAGUCUCACUUUUUCGGGUACUCUUUCCUUCCUGUGAAUCACGUAUUUUAGAGAGGGAGAGAGAGAGAGAGAGACGCCCUUUUCUCUGAUAAACCGCUUUCUCUAGAGAGAGAAACAUCCGUUUAGGGGAUUCCUCACCCAGAUUCCUCAAUGCAGCUACGAGGGGAGAUGCGGUUUGCCCACAAAUUUCGACGCCACCUACUGCUACUCGUUGGGAUUUGCGGCCGGAGCCCUCCUUCAUGCUGGCAAGACCGGCCUUAUCUCUUCAGUGCGUGCCUCAGAAUCUAAGCGGCCUUUAUCUGCUUGGUCAUUCCAGUUCUAUAAUUUCAUGGCUUUUCAUUAAUCUCUGGGAAUCAUCAGCAGCAGAUGUCAGCUCUUUGCUUUCUGACUUAUAGAGCUUAGAUUCCAAGUCCCAGAUUUUCUUAAGGUCUUGAUCGAUUUAAUGCACUGAUAUCUAUGGUUCCUGCAUCCUCCCCCCCCCCUGUAGGUUGCUAAUUUGGCUGCUCCGGUUGAAGAAUGGACUGUCGGCGGAACUGCACUCACGGCUAUGAUGGACGUUGAGAGACGGCACGGUAUGAUCUCUCUCUCUCUCUCUCUCUCUCUCUCGCUCUCUCCCUCCUGAAAACAUGAAAUCUCCGUUCCAGGGAAGUUCAAGCCUGUGAUCAAGAAGGCGAUGGUGGAGCUUGACGGUACAUCCGUUCCCACAGCUUUAUACUUCCAUAUUUCAUACAUAUUGUUGGUGAUGAUGAUUAUGAUGUGGGAUGCCUCUCUCUCUCUCUCUCUCUCUCUCUCUCUCUCUCUCUCUCUACACGGCUUGAAAACUUCAGGUGCCCCGUUUAGCAAGUUUGCAGCUUUGAGGGACGAGUGGGCGCUGAACAACCGCUACAUCAGCCCAGGCCCCAUCCAAUUUAUCGGCCCCUCCUCCUACGCCGCCAACCACACUCUUCUUCUGGAGCUCGGAGCCUGCGCCUAG